AUGGCUUCACAAAAUCAUGGUGCUAGUGAAGAAGACGGAGAUGAUGCCGGUGUGAGCGAAGAUAAAGAUGAUGCCGGUGUGAGCGAAGAUAAAGAUGAUGCUGGUGUGAGCGAAGAUAAAGAUGAUGCUGGUGUGAGCGAAGAUAAAGAUGAUGCUGGUGUGAGCGAAGAUAAAGAUGAUGCUGGUGUGAGCGAAGAUAAAGAUGAUGCUGGUGUGAGCGAAGAUAAAGAUGAUGCUAGUGUGAGCGAAGAUGGUGCUAGUGAAGAAGAUGGAGAUGAUGAUGCUGGUAUCAGCGAAGAUGGUGCUAGUGAAGAAGAUGGAGAUGAUGAUGAUGGUAUCAGCGAAGAUGGUGCUAGUGAAGAAGAUGGAGAUGAUGAUGAUGCUGGUAUCAGCGAAGAUGGUGCUAGUGAAGAAGAUGGAGAUGAUGCUGGUAUCAGCGAAGAUGGUGCUAGUGAAGAAGAUGGAGAUGAUGAUGAUGGUAUCAGCGAAGAUGAUGCUAGUGAAGAAGAUGGAGAUGAUGAUGGUAUCAGCGAAGAUGGUGCUAGUGAAGAAGAUGGAGAUGAUGCCGGUGUGAGCGAAGAUGGUGCUAGUGAAGGCGGCGAUAAUAAAGGGAACCUUCCUGCUCGCAGGUCUUGUGCUUGUAGUGGUCGCUUCCUCAGAACUAG